UCUCUCCCUCCCAGCGCUCAGUUCAUUGACCUUCUGUCUGUUUUCUGUCGAUCCUCUAAUGUGAAAGAGCUGAAUGCUGAUAAACCACAAUGUCUUGGGUCUUCUGGAAUUUUCUCUGCUUGUUUCUAAUACACUGUGUGAGUUCAGAAGUCUUCCUCCACAGUCGAGAUGCCAGUCAGGUUCUGAGCCGGCGCCGGCGCGCCAACACCCUGUUCGAGGAGCUAAAGAAGGGAAACAUGGAGCGCGAGUGUGUUGAGGAGCGCUGCAGUUAUGAGGAGGCCAGAGAAAUCUUCGAGGAUGUUAAAAAGACGGAUGAGUUCUGGCACAAGUAUAUUGAUGGAGACGCGUGUUUUUCCCACCCGUGUCUCAACGGCGGCGAGUGUAAAGACGUGAUCGGACCGUACAUGUGUUUCUGUCAACAAGGCUUUAAGGGCUACAACUGUGAGAUCGUUAUUCCUGCGCUCUGUGAGAGCGAAAACGGAGGCUGCGAUCAUUUCUGCAAGGUGGAGAAUAAUAACGUCGCCUGUUCGUGUGCUAAAGGCUACGAGCUGGGCAAUAACGGGAAGUCGUGUCAGUCUCAAGAUCCUUUCAAAUGUGGCGCCGUCCAUCCUCAGAAGACCAGAAGCCUCUUAAACAGCAAACACAUCAACAACACUGAGAACGAAGAGGAGACCACCGCCGAGCCUGUCGUAGACGCCACGAACCCUCCUGUCAAUGACACAAACAGCAUGUUUGGCCUCUUCGAGCAGGAGAUCACGGAUCUGGUGGAGGAGCAACCCAUUCUGACUGAGUCCUCGGGGGGAGACCAGAGAAUCGUGAACGGUGUGGAGUGUCUUCCUGGAGACUGUCCAUGGCAGGCUCUUCUCAUCAAAGAAGACAACAUCGGCUUCUGCGGCGGCACCAUCUUAAACGAGUACUUCGUUCUGUCGGCCGCUCACUGCAUGAAUCAGUCGCUCUCCACACGGGUGGUUGUAGGUACGACUUUUCAUAUGGACAUCAGGAAAUUUGUGAAAUAUUUUCAUGCACAUUUUCAGAAAUUUGAUCCACUGUUUCGGUCCCGGCGGCGGGCCCAUGCGUUCCUGCUGGAGGAGAUCCUGAUUCAGGGGAAUCUGGGGCGCGAGUGCUUUGAGGAGAGAUGCAACAAAGAAGAGGCCGAUGCUUCGAGAACGACCAGAAGACAGUAUGACAUCUGA